AUGGCCGAUUUUGAAGCGCCAUCGGGGCCUCCCCCUCCCGAGCUUCCGCCUGGCUGGACAGCGCGCUGGAACACACAGUACAACGCCUGGUUCUACGUCAAUCUCCACACGAAACAGUCCCAAUGGGACAAGCCCACCGAGCCGGCGCUGCCGCCCCAGAACGACACCCCAGAUGGCCCCCCUCCCGGAUACGCCCCUCGCCCCGGCGACAACCCAUCUACCCCCUCCGAUGUGAAGCAUAACCCCUACACGCAGGCUUCCGCCAGCCCCCAGCCCGGCGCAAGCUCCUCUCAGCCUCCUCCCGCACAGGCCGCCGGCCCGCCCCAGCAGCAGCAGCAGCAGCAAAGUGACACGCGCGGCAGCUUCCCCCAGCAGCUGCCCCCGCGCCCCGAAGAUCGCGGCAAGAGCAGCGGCGGCGGCCUCAUGGGCAAGCUCUUGGGCAAAGUCAAGGGCAGCAGUGGCGGCGGUCAUAUGCCCCAGGGUGGCUACCCCGGCCACGGCUACGGCGGCCAGCCGCAGCAGCAGUAUGGUGGUUACCCCCAGCAGGGCGGCUACCCCCAGCAGCAGCAGUACGGAGGAUAUCCGCCCCAGCAGCAGUAUGGCGGCUACCCGCCUCAACAGCAGUAUGGCGGUUACCCCCCUCAGCAGGGCUAUCCCAUGCACGGCGGCGGCUACCCCGGCUAUCAGCAAGCCGGCGGCAGGAGACCAGGCGGUGGCGGCGGCGGUAUGGGCAUGGCAGGUGGCAUGAUGCUCGGUGCCGGUGCCGGUAUGCUCGGUGGUGCCAUGCUGGCGAACAGCUUCAACGACUCGCAGGACGAGGCGUAUCAGGACGGAUACGGUAAGGACCCUCACCAACAAUGUACAACACCCAGGUGCUAA